UGUUGAAUUUGCAGAUUCAUUCAAGUUUAAGGACUAAUGAGUAGGCCAAAGUUUCCGCCCCCGGUUCCUCUUAACUUUCUGUUUAUUGGUCAUGUUGAUUCCGGGAAGUCAACCACUGCUGGUCAUUUGAUCUACAAGCUUGGAGGUAUUGAAAAGGAUGUCAUCGAGAAACUUGAGAAAGAAGCUGCUGAGAUAAACAGACGUUUAUUCAAGUAUGCUUGGGUGCUUGACAAACUCAAGGCUGAGCGUGAAAGAGGUAUCACAAUUGACAUUUCUCUUUGGAAGUUUCAGACAACCAGCUACUGCUGCACUCUCAUUGAUGCCCCCGGACACAGGGAUUUCAUCAAGAACAUGAUCACCGGGGCGUCUGAAGCUGAUUGUGCUGUUCUCAUCAUUGAUUCCACAACUGGUGGUUUUGAAGCCGGUUUUUGUAAGGAUGGUCAGACCACUGAACAUGUUCAACUUGCCUUCGCUCUCGGUGUUUAAAAAAUGAUCUGCUGCUGCAACAAGAUGGAUGCCACUACACCCAUAUACUCCUAGGACAGGUAUGAAGAAAUUGUGAAUCAAGUUUCACCCUUUUUGAGAGAGGUUGGCUAUAAACGAGUUCCAGUGCUUCUUAAUCUUCAAAUGUUUUGAUUCAAAGUCUGGGCUAAUAACAUGCAAAUGUAGUUGACGCAUGGAC